AGGUGAAUAAAAACCUCAGGCACCAGAGAAGAGAUUCAGAGUCCUCCAGCUGUGCAGUCAGUGCCGUGGUUCUCCACCAGGUCUGAGAUCUGAGCCCCAGCCAACCGAGUCACAGCAGAAGUUUCUGCAGGAUUCCUUUCUGAAUACCUUGAAGAUGAGUAUCUGGACCCCACCCACACUCCUGAGGCUGACAGGAAGGAGCCUGCUGAGGGACCAGGCCUCAGCCAUUGCAGCUCUGGAGUACCUGCCUGCUGAGCUCUUCACGCCACUCUUCAUUCAGGCCUACCAGAGGAGAAAGCGGAAGCCCCUGAAGGCCAUGGUGCAUGCCUGGCCCUUCGCCGUCCUCCCUCUGGGCUGCCUGUCACAGUUGUCCCCGGAUAAGGUCUUAAAAGCCGUGUUGGAUGGGCUUGAUGUUCUGAUUGCCCAGGAGGUUCGGCCCAGGAGGUGGAAACUGCGGGUGCUGGAUUUAAGGAACUCGGGUGCCAACUUCUGGAGAAUGUGGUGUGGAGACAGCACCCAGAAUUGCUCACCGACGGAACCAGUGGCCGUGCACAGCUCCAGCCCCAACAUGGAGCACCCCUUGGCUCCCUUGGAGGUGUUCCUAAACCUUAACUUCAAUGAAAGGGACGGGGAUAAGUUUUUCAUGUACAUCAUCCGAUGGGCCCAGCAGAGGGAAGGGUUGCUACACCUGUGCUGCAAGGCGCUGAGGAUUUCUGAGGUGCCCUUCCAGAGGGUCAGGAGGGUCCUGGAUGGGGUGCAGCUGGACUGCAUCCAGGAGGUGAAAAUGCUCAGCCUGCGGCACCUCCGGGACCUCAACAUGGAUUCUCCCUCCUUCAUGAGCCCCUCCUAG